AUGAUCGCUAAGGCAGGAGCGCACGAGAUUUUGGCGCUGUGUAACAUGGCCGCGGCAACCCCUGACGGGAGCAGCCGAAAGAAAGAGAGGAAGAAGAGCACCGCGACCAGCGGCUCCUCCAGCCAGACCAGCGGCUCGCCCAGCCAGACCAGCGGCUCACCCAGCCAGACCAGCGGCUCCUCCAGCCGGACCAGCGGCUCCUCCAGCCGGACCAGCGGCUCCUCCAGCCGGACCAGCGGCUCCUCCAGCCGGACCAGCGGCUCCUCCAGCCGGACCAGCGGCUCCUCCAGCCGGACCAGCGGCUCGCCCAGCCGGACCAGCGGCUCGUCCAGCCGGACCAGCGGCUCGCCCAGCCGGACCAGCGGCUCCUCCAGCCGGACCAGCGGCCCGUCCAGCCGGACCAGCGGCUCGUCCAGCCGGACCAGCGGCUCACCCAGCCAGACCAGCGGCUCGCCCAGCCAGACCAGCGGCUCACCCAGCCAGACCAGCGGCUCGUCCAGCCGGACCAGCGGCUCCUCCAGCCAGACCAGCGGCUCGUCCAGCCAGACCAGCGGCUCCUCCAGCCAGACCAGCGGCUCGUCCAGCCAGACCAGCUGCUCGUCCAGCCAGACCAGCGGCUCACCCAGCCAGACCAGCUGCUCGUCCAGCCAGACCAGCUGCUCGUCCAGCCAGACCAGCGGCUCCUCCAGCCAGACCAGCGGCUCAUCCAGCCAGACCAGCGGCUCCACCAGCCAGACCAGCGGCUCGUCCAGCCAGACCAGCGGCUCCUCCAGCCAGACCAGCGGCUCCUCCAGGCAGACCAGCUGCUCGUCCAGCCAGACCAGCUGCUCGUCCAGCCAGACCAGCGGCUCCUCCAGCCGGACCAGCGGCUCGCCCAGCCGGACCAGCGGCUCGCCCAGCCAGACCAGCGGCUCGCCCAGCCAGACCAGCUGCUCGCCCAGCCAGACCAGCGGCUCGUCCAGCCGGACCAGCGGCUCGCCCAGCCAGACCAGCUGCUCGCCCAGCCAGACCAGCGGCUCGUCCAGCCGGACCAGCGGCUCGUCCAGCCGGACCAGCGGCUCGCCCAGCCGGACCAGCGGCUCGUCCAGCCGGACCAGCUGCUCGUCCAGCCAGACCAGCGGCUCGUCCAGCCAGACCAGCGGCUCGUCCAGCCAGACCAGCGGCUCGCCCAGCCGGACCAGCGGCUCGUCCAGCCGGACCAGCGGCUCACCCAGCCAGACCAGCUGCUCGUCCAGCCGGACCAGCGGCUCGUCCAGCCAGACCAGCGGCUCGCCCAGCCGGACCAGCGGCUCGCCCAGCCGGACCAGCGGCUCGUCCAGCCGGACCAGCGGCUCGCCCAGCCGGACCAGCUGCUCGUCCAGCCAGACCAGCGGCUCACCCAGCCAGACCAGCGGCUCGUCCAGCCAGACCAGCGGCUCGUCCAGCCAGACCAGCGGCUCCCAGACCAGCGGCUCGCCCAGCCAGACCAGCGGCUUGCCCAGCCAGACCAGCGGCUCAUCCAGCCAGACCAGCGGCUCACCCAGCCAGACCAGCGGCUCGCCCAGCCGGACCAGCGGCUCGCCCAGCCAGACCAGCGGCUCGUCCAGCCAGACCAGCGGCUCACCCAGCCAGACCAGCGGCUCGCCCAGCCAGACCAGCGGCUCAGCUAAACGGCGUUCAGGACUGCUCAGUUUAAUUAGGUUCUCGUGA